CUCAGAACGGCGAGACACUCAUUCAUGCCCAGCUGAUGGUUCACGAACGACCUUUGUUCUAUUUCAGGACAUCAAUCUCUCUCCCAAAUACUUUCUACUUUGGAAACAUCGCCGGUCUCGAUAUUCAUUCAUACCCUUUCUCCUGAACCUUUUUGUUACCUGUCUCUCUCUCUCUCUCUCUCUCUCUGUCUCUCCCAUCUCCAAUUCCUCUCCCACCCGUGAGACGACCCUACCCAUCUACAUAGUACCCCUCCCAACAGGCCGGCCCUGUUUGAAUUUCCUUCUCGAAACAGAACGAACGAGCCGCCGCUGCGGUCCCCCGGAGGUAACUCAUCAUUUGCUACGUACUUCGAUCGUAGUUGCGAACGCCCGCACCCAGACCCAGUCAUGGCUUCGCAGGCCGGCGCACAGAAGCCUCAGAUCCAGCCAUGUCGUUACAAGACAGGUGCGGCUUUUCCAAACUCACGUCGAGCGGAGGGCCGGGGCGGCGAGAACCGGUCGUCCGUAACGUGUGAGGCAUGCGCUUACCCUUCCCAACAGGAAAGACUCUAGGAGCAGGCUCAUACUCGGUGGUGAAAGAAUGCGUGCACAUCGACACGGGAAGGUAUUAUGCCGCGAAAGUCAUCAACAAGCGACUGAUGGCGGGACGUGAGCACAUGGUCCGAAACGAAAUCGCCGUCCUCAAAAGAGUGUCCGUGGGACAUCGCAACAUUUUGACCUUGGUCGAUUACUUUGAAACCAUGAACAAUUUGUACCUCGUGACGGACCUCGCCCUCGGAGGAGAAUUGUUCGACCGAAUCUGCAGAAAAGGUUCAUACUAUGAGUCCGAUGCCGCCGACCUGAUUCGAGCCACCUUGUCGGCAGUCGCUUACCUCCACGACCACGGUAUCGUGCACCGAGACCUCAAACCCGAGAACCUCUUGUUUCGGACGCCGGAAGACAAUGCAGACCUUUUGAUUGCCGACUUUGGAUUGUCGCGGAUCAUGGACGAGGAAAGAUUCCACGUCUUGACCACCACGUGUGGAACACCGGGAUACAUGGCUCCGGAGAUCUUUAAGAAGACGGGUCACGGAAAGCCUGUCGACAUAUGGGCCAUAGGUGUCAUCACGUACUUUUUGCUGUGCGGGUACACCCCCUUUGACCACGACAGCAACCUCGAAGAGAUGCAGGCCAUCCUCGCCGCCGACUACUCCUUCACGCCCGUCGAGUACUGGCGCAACGUGUCGGAGACGGCCCGGGAUUUCAUCAACCGGUGCCUGACCAUCGACCCCCGCGCGCGCAUGACGGCCCACCAGGCCCUGCAGCACCCCUGGAUCAAACCCGAGGACCCGACCAGCCCGGAGAAGGCCCCCGGCGAGGGCCAGGACCUCCUGCCGACGGUCAAGAAGAACUUCAACGCGCGUCGGACGCUGCACAAGGCCAUCGACACGGUGAGGGCCAUCAACAAGCUCCGCGAGGGCGGCGGCUUGAUGGCGGGAGGGGCGCACAUGGACGGAGCGAUGAGCGUCGACCCGAAACCCAAGGCCGAGAUGGUCAACGGGAGCAAGGUGCUCAACGACCAGGGUCAGCAGAUCCACGGCGAGGAGGCCGUGGGGGGUGGCGGCGGCGGCGGCGGCGGCGAGCAGCAGCAGCACGACGACGGGGACGCCAUGGAGGUCGACUCGAGGGGCAACGCCCGGGGUCAGACCGAGGACCAGAUUCAGCGGCAGCAGCAGAAGAUCACCGACACGGUUCGUGGGUUGUGGGGGAGUAACAAGCACUGAAUUGCUUUAAAUCGAUCUUGAUUCGAUGAGUUUUGGGUCUGUGGAGAGUUGAUCGGUUAGCCUAGCCAGCCCGUGAGAGCCCAGAUGAGAUUGAACGACAAUAGAAAGCCCUGAAAACAAAAGAACCAAGAAACAAAAUUCGAAACAAAAAGAGAAGGUGAAUCACGCUUCUUGAAAGCAAAAAAAGAGAAUAUGACGAAUAUGAUGAAACCUUUUUAUUUAUUUUGGCGCUC